UUUGCACUUCUCGAAUCUCACCCAUCUCUUCCUUAAUGCUGACGACGUGUGUAUCAUUAAGGACUUGAUGAGCGUUACAAAUCUCCCAAGAUUGACGCAUUUAUCCAUCUCGAACGCCCAUACAGAUUACGGGUGCGACAUUUCUGAAAUGCUUCAACACUUCCAUUUGCGUCACAUUGGGAUAACCUCGCUCGAUCUGGUUUGCCCCCACUCUCCCAAAAAUGGCAGCGAGGAUGGAGAAGCUGCCCGAAAACUGGUCAAUCUCUUCCCGGCCGUGAGCGAAUUGAAAUUGAGGUUGACUAUUACACGGGUCAAUGACCCGCAUAAAAAUUUUUUGGCUUUGAUGGAAACGAUGCGAGCUUUUGGUGAUUGGGAGUUAACAUGUGGGGAGAUGGAGUUCAAGAUUCCGUCUUGCUGGCGAUAUUCCUGGACGGAUCUCGAGUUUGCUGGGCAACUUGUCGUUGCCGUAUUGAGAGGAAUGGCGGAAUGGAGAGGAUUGACAAACACAUCGCUUCAAUUUUCGGGUUUACAUCAUUGCGGAAAAUUUAGGCUGUCGGACAAGAUGCGAUGUGCCCUUUUAUCUUGCAGGAUGAUUCGAAGCGUGACUUUUAUUGUAUUUUGGAUGGACGAGGAGAUAAAGGACAAUUUUGAAACGUUUAUUCGAGAGCAUAAUUUGCCAAUCAGUGUUAGUGGCAGAGAUUAAAUACAAUUGCGUCAGUGGUUUUUGCGGUUCAAUUACUCAGGGUGCAAAAAUAUCACGUUUCCUCAUUAUUGCUACUUUUGAUUUUUUUAUUUGCUAAAAUAUGUGCUGAACGAUUUCUUAAUUAAUUAAUUAGACAUAUCAAAUUGCUUGUGCAUUUCCACGGUUUCAAAAUUAUUAGUUCAAAAUUGUAACAAACAAGAACUUCUAAAUUUUAUCUGACUUCAGAUUUUUUCCAUCAUUCACUGAUUUGAGAAACAUUCAAGCGUAGAGUUGAAGUAUGUAAUUUCAUUUUUAAUUCUCAAAUUUCUGUUUUUUUUUUUUGUUUUAUUGGAAUUCCCUGUCAAAAGUUGUAAACAAUGUAAAUAAAUUUAGCCUGGCGUUUGAUAUGUUCACAAAAAC